AAUCGCAUCUAUUAAAGCCAGGCAUUUAUAAAAUUGAGGUCACGUUCAAGACGUUACUCUAGGAGACAUACAUUACUUCUAGAUAUCCUCAUAUCUUUCCAGUUACAAGAUGGACGCGAGAAAGUACGCUUCAAAAUUGGCGGGAAAGCAUAUUAUGGUAUUCGGUGGUACUUCCGGCAUUGGUUUCUGUGUUGCAGAAGCCGCUCUCGAGCAGGGUGCGAGCGUCUUCAUCUCCAGUUCAAAUUCGACGAAACUCGCUUCUGCCUUGGAGAAUUUGCUUGCAGCAUACCCAACGGCAAGCAACCGAUUGAAGGGCAAGACGUGUGACCUUUCCGUGACGGAGAAGCUAGAGGAGAAUCUCAUGUCGAUCCUGACCACCGCCACAGAGUCAUCUAAGAUCGACCACAUUGUCUUCACUUCUGGCAACGAUCUCCAUCUCGGUCACGUCUCCCAAAUCGUGAUUGAUCAAGUUUAUGCCGCUGGAGUCGUGCGAUUCUUCGCUCCAAUCAUUCUCGCUAAACUUUGUUCGCGUUUCCUCCAACCCGGUCCGGAAAGUUCGAUCACAUUUACGGGGGGAGCAGGAUCGCAGCGUCCUCCUCCAAAUUUUGCCAUUGCCGGUGCAUAUACGGCAGGGUUAGAGGGGCUGGUGAGGGGCCUGGCGGUGGAUCUAAAACCUUUUAGGGUGAACUUGGUUGCAGUUGGUGCUGUGCACACUGAGAUGUUAGACAGGGCUGGACGCUCUCAGGACGGGCUACUUGAAGCCUUGGAAAGUCAGACAACCAUUGGGCGGCUUGGGAGACCCGAAGACGUCGCUGAAGCCUACAUUUACAUAAUGAAGGAUCACUUCAUCACUGGCUCUACCAUAGAAACAAAUGGGGGCUUUCUUUUGGUCUGAGACAGUCGAACGUUCCCAACACUAUGGACUCAACCGUUCGGAAGGAAGGUAUGCCAGUUUGUUGUGACUAGUUUAGCUUUCUCGAUAAAAAAGGGAAGCUCACGAUAGAACGAACUGUUGCUUGAAGAGCUGUACCAUGACUUCUUUCCAGUUCCCAUUUGGCGUAUAUACCUUAACGUCUUGGUUUGCUGAUUGCUGAUGUCUCCCUCUUCUUGCUUCAUUAGCAGUAUACAAUUUGGACAUGGCUACACCAGGGCUCCGAGUUAGUGCCAUGAAAGCUAGCAUGAGUUGGGCGUAUAGACAAUAAAGGUGCCUUUUCUUUUGAGGGCUAUGCUUAUGAAAAAGCGAC